AUCGCAGCAGCGUGUUGGGCGCCGGGGAACUCCGCUCUUUAGUCAGCGGCAAUCAGUCCAUGGAGCAGGAUGUGGACGUCGGCGCGGCAGUUCGGCGCGUGGACAGCGUCAUCAGUGAUCGCGGCACUGCUAGCCUACUGCUCCUGCGCUCCUCGAGGGCUGCCGAUUGCCCAGUCGUGCUUCCACGGCGUGCUGCUGCGGCCCGGACGGUGCGAGCUGCUCAUCAAAUGUGCCGGCGCCAUCCGCGAGCGGCAGGCCGGCGGCCGCCCCCAGCUUUGCGGCUUUCCUUCUACCGGGUUCCAAUCCCUUGUACCUAUUGUCUGCUGCACUACGCCCGCAGCACACCGCCCACCUCCGGUGAAUCCACCCUCCGUGUAUCCCACGCUAGCUCCAACCUCGUCGCCCACUGGCUAUGGCCGCGUCGCCGCAGAGCCAGUCACGGAGUCAUGUGAGAGGCUACUUUCGAGCCCACCAAAAGCUUCCAGCGCACAUCGCUCUACUGCGGACAGAAAGUGCGACACGUACAGGCGCGCCGCGUGCGCCCUGGCUUCGCCCACGCUCACAGCGUCCGCGCCCUCCGACGGUGAGCCGGCCGACCGAAUGGAGUUCCCCCACAUGGCUCUCCUGGGCUACGGCGAUAACCCCGCGGCGCUGUCCUGGUCGUGCGGCGGCUCUCUCAUCGCCCCUGACUGGGUGCUCACCGCUGCACACUGUGCGGCCGCCGGCAGCACACGCGUGAGCUUUGUACUUCUCGGCGCGCUGCAGCGCGGUGAGGCUAGAAACUUACAACCUGAUAUGUUGCAGGGUUAACUUAAAUUGUUUAAACAGCAUUACAGUCAACAGUAAAAUAGAAUAAUAAUUUCCAUUGGAUCUCGUGAAUUUCACACUUUAAUUAAAUGUCGUAAUUUUCCCACGAGCAUCUGUACAAAUACUUCGGAAACCCAAGUUUGUACUAGAGUGCAGUACUUCCUGCAUACUCACAUGUAUUCAGGAGGUAAUGUGUACUUGGUUAAGUAUCCAGUAAAACCUCUAUGUAUUUAUGAAAGAUAUUAAGUGUGUACUACAUAAAAUUACACAGUACCUGCAUUCAAGUACACACUUAGGUUUCCAGAGUAGGUUGCAAGAAUGAAUAUUCCUUAUUGGAAAUUUCCAAACAAUUUGGAAAACAGAAACGUUCCAUUUCACACACCAAAACUACGUAUAGUCAACAAAAAUGAUGAAUUUUAGGAAUUAAUUUAUGUGAGUCAAAAAUUCAAUGACAAUUUUCAAGAAAGUUUUGAACCUUCUAAAUCGUUUUUCAAAUUAUGUUUCCAAAAUGUUUGGAUUUCAAAUUUUCCAGUCAAUUGUUUUGAACUUUCCCUAAACAAUU